CAAUACUUAUGCCGUCGGGAAACUAUACGUAUAAUUUUUCUUGUGAUAUUCCUGAUAAAUGUCCUUCAUCUUAUAAUAGCAUUUAUGGCCAUAUUCGCUAUGAAUUGAAAGUUAUUUUAGACUAUGGAAACAAAAUUGAAGAAAUACUUAAAGAAUCGUUUCAUGUAAUUAAACCUUUUGAUCUUAGACCUCAAACGCCGGUUCUGAAGAUCCCUGUAGACACGGAAGUUUUUGAACCCAAAUGUUUCUGCGAAUGUUGGAAGACUCCUUUAUGUCUCUACGUUAACCUUCCUCAAGGAGGAUAUGUUCCUGGAGAAACCAUAUCUGUGUAUGCUAGGCUUAUUAACGACGGAAAUAUACCACUUAAAUCAAUCUCAAUAUCAUUUAAUCAAGUCGUCACAUACACAUCAAAAAUACCCCGAAUUCUAACACUGACAGAAAGAUUUAGUAUGGUUCAAAAUCUAAUUUGCCUUGCUGGAAACGAACCACUACGAGAGUUUCUUGAACGUAUACCCAUACCAAGUGUACCACCUUCCUGCGAAACAGAUUGUACAAUUCUCAAAAUAACCUACGAAAUAGAAGCAUCGGUUGAUCAAGUCAAAGGAAAAAGGGGAGUAGUAGUUCGAAUACCAAUACUAAUUGGCACAAUUCCCAUCGAUCUUGGCAGUUUUAGUGAAGAAUACGGGAGCAAUAAAUCAGAACCUAGUGAAAUAUUUGGAGAUGCUAAGCCUUCAGCUGUAAUUAGCUCGUCUUCCGUGGAAUCCUUGACCAAAGAAAUACAAUCCCGACAACCGCCAGAGAUAAUAUUGAGUACACAUGGAGGUGCUACAUCUUUUCAAGAAGCUUCUUUCAUGCCGAGUGCAAAUUUAAAUAAAGAAAAACAUAAAUUAAACAAAGAUAUUUCGGGAUUUAAACCUAAAUAUCUAUAUUACGAAGUCAAUGAAGACAUUGAAAUGAGUCCAACAACUAUGGAAAUUACAAAAGAAAUAACAAUAGCCAGUACAUGAAAAUAAAAACAAUAGUAAUAAAAAAGAAAAGGUUAAGGACAGUUCAAAUUUUUUCAACAAUUCCUCACUGUAUGCAUCAGUAAAAGAAAAUGUAUCUGUU